AUGCUGCCAUAUCUUUCUGACAAGCCGUGCAACAAGGAUCCGCAGGCUACUGACAGUAUCACAAAUGCCAAAUUCAUGCAGGACGAGAUCGAGUUUGAGCAUUUUAUCCCACCGACAGAUCAUAUAGCAUCCUCUCCUCCUUCCACGACCGCCAGCCCAGACUUUGGGCUCUUCCAACCUGACGACAGCAGGCCAUCUUCAAGGAAAGAGAAGUCUAGAAGAACGCGGUCCUCAAAACAAAGCCCCGGUUCUGAGGAAGAUAGCCCGGAGAACAAAUCACAGAGAAGACGAGAACAAAACCGCAUCGCACAACGCACAUUCCGCGAACGCAAAGACCGAUAUAUACAAAACCUCGAGGCGCACAUCAAAACGCUCGACGCCAGCCACAAGAAUCUCCAAGCGUCCUAUAAAGAGUCCACCGACCAAGUCAGCGCGCUCUACACACAACUAAUCGAAGCCCAGGGAGAACUCGACUACUGGCGAUGUCUUGCGCAGCCCCCGAGUGCCGGCUCAUCUCCUUCAUCUGCUGCGUCUCCUAUGAUUAUGCAUCCGUCGACAUUAGGCCCGAGCUCGACCAUGACUCCGGUGGAGGCAAAUAAUAGCAUAGUUCCUACCGGGCAUGCUCACAUUACAGUCAUGCCGGGCAUGCAUCAUAUGCAACACGGACAUUUCACGUAG